GCCGCUGCCGCCGCCGCCGCCGCCGCCGCCGCCUGUGAGCUCCGGCGGGCAGCCGGACUGUCGGCUUCCCGGGGCAUCUGGGUCCGGCGGGGCACAGCCCUGGGCGCUGCCGAAGCCGCCGCCGCGGCGAGUGCAGGCGGCUUCCCCCGGAGCCUGUGCCGCUUCAGCUCCUCGGGGGUGGAGAAGUGGGGGGUGGGGUUGUUGUUUGGGGGAAAGAAGGGGGAGGGGGCAACGCCGAGAGAGUCAGUGGUUUCCAUGGUGAUGGAGCUGAAAGUGCAGGAAAUUUAAAGGCUUGGACGCUGCGAGACAGACAAACCGGUGCCAACGUGCGCGGACGCCGCCGCCGCCGCCGCCGCUGGAGUCCGCCGGGCAGAGCCGGCCGCGGAGCCCCGAGCAGGCGGAGGGAAGUGCCCCUAGGACCCGCUGGGCCAGCGGCGCUGCACAGAGCGGCAGGACGACGAGCAGAGAGAGGAGGAGGAGGGGAGAGCGGCUCGUCCACGCGCCCUGCGCCGCCGCCGGCCCGGGAAGGCAGCGAGGAGCCGGCGCCCCCCGCGCCCGCCGUCGCCCUGGAGUAAUUUCGGAUGCCCCGCCGCGGCCGCCUGCCCGCAUAGACCCGGGAGAGGAGUUGCGGCCAACUUGUGUGCCUUCUUUCCGCCCCGGUGGGAGCCGGCGCUGCGCGAAGGGCUCUCCCGGCGACUCAUGCUGCCGGCCCUGCGCCUGCCCAGCCUCGGGUGAGCCGCCUCCGGAGAGACGGGGGAGCGCGGCGGCGCCGCGGGCUCGGCGUGCUCUCCUCCGGGGACGCGGGACGAAGCAGCAGCCCCGGGCGCGCGCCGGAGGCAUGGAGCGCUGCCCCAGCCUGGGGGUCACCCUCUACGCCCUGGUGGUGGUCCUGGGGCUGCGGGCGGCACCGGCCGGCGGCCAGCACUAUCUCCACAUCCGCCCGGCUCCCAGCGACAACCUGCCCCUGGUGGACCUCAUCGAACACCCGGACCCUAUCUUUGACCCCAAAGAGAAGGAUCUGAACGAGACGCUGUUGCGCUCGCUGCUCGGGGGCCACUACGACCCGGGCUUCAUGGCCACCUCGCCCCCCGAGGACCGGCCCGGCGGGGGCGGGGGGGCGGCCGGGGGCGCCGAGGACCUGGCCGAGCUGGACCAGCUGCUGCGGCAGCGGCCGUCGGGGGCCAUGCCGAGCGAGAUCAAAGGGCUGGAGUUCUCCGAGGGCUUGGCCCCGGGCAAGAAGCAGCGCCUGAGCAAGAAGCUGCGGAGGAAGUUACAGAUGUGGCUGUGGUCGCAGACCUUCUGCCCGGUGUUGUACGCGUGGAACGACCUGGGCAGCCGCUUUUGGCCGCGCUACGUGAAGGUGGGCAGCUGCUUCAGUAAGCGCUCGUGCUCCGUGCCCGAGGGCAUGGUGUGCAAGCCGUCCAAGUCCGUGCACCUCACGGUGCUGCGGUGGCGCUGUCAGCGGCGCGGGGGCCAGCGCUGCGGCUGGAUUCCCAUCCAGUACCCCAUCAUUUCCGAGUGCAAGUGCUCGUGUUAGGACUCGGGGUCCCCUUCCCGCACCCGGACAACUCAUGAAACCCCACCGACGCCCUCCCCCCCCGCCCCCCGCACCGUCUCCAACCAGUCCACCACCCUCUCGAGAGGGGAUUCAAUGAACUUUUUUUUUUUUUUUUUCUGGCUACAGAGACCUAGCUUUCUGGUUCAUGUAAUGCACUGUUUAACUGUGUAGGAAUGUAUAUGUGUGUGUAUAUACGGUCCCAGUUUUAAUUUACUUAUUAAAAGGUCAGUAUUAUACGUUAAAAGUUACCGGCUUCUACUGUAUUUUUAAAAAAAAAUAAGCAAAAGGAAAAAAAAGAACAGAGAAAAGAGAGACUUAUUCUGGUUGUUGCUAAUAAUGUUAACCUGCUAUUUAUAUUCCAGUGCCCUUCGCAUGGCGAAGCAGGGGGGAAAAGUUAUUUUUUCUUAAAGUACAAAGAGAGGGGAGAACUUUUGUAGAAGGACUUUAAAAAAGCUAUUUUCCAUUCUUCGGAAAGUGUUUUGGUUUUCCUUGGACCUCGAAGAAGCUAUAGAGUUCAAUGUUAUUUUACAGUUAUUGUAAAUAUAGAGAACAAAUGGAAUGACUAAUCAUUGUAAAUUAAGAGUAUCUGCUAUUUAUUCUUUAUAAUAUCCCGUGUAGUAAAUGAGGAAGAAGUGCAGAGCAGGAUUAAAGAAAACCACUAAAACCGACUGCGCUCGAC